AUGCAAAAAAGAGUUAGCGACAUUACUACUUUGAAAAUUCGAACAAUUAAUGCAAAUGGUAUGAAUAAAUAUAACCCUAUUUAGACAUCUCUCAAAGUGAUUAGCCAUUUUUUAAUCAAAGACUUGAUCAAACCAGAGAUAAUAUUCAAAUCCCUCAAUCUAUUCAAGAGAUUUUAUUCCCUCAUUUUUAAAUCAAAUCUUUGACAUCUGUAAUUGUAUCUUUGCUUGCAUUAAAUUAUAUAUGUCAAUACAUCUAUUAUCAAGUUUCAGGAUAUAAAUAUUUUGGAUGUGUAUUAUAUGAAUUUGGAGCAUUUUAUGCAGCUGAUGUCAUUAAUGAAUGUACAAAUCAUUAGGAAUUAAGAUGAAUUUUAUAGAUAUAUUACUGGGACCCUUUAUUUUGGAAGUAUCUACAAUGCUAUUGUUUUUGUGACGACAUUUA